AUCGUGAGCCUCUCCGCCGGUGGCGCGAUCUCGCGAGAGUUGCGAGUAAACAGCCCCGAAUGGAGAGUCGCGGCGUGUUAGCGGCUGAGGCUCCGUUAUCCCGGGCUCCCCGGCUGCGAGCCUGAGGCUCCGAGCCGAAGAUUGGCUCACAGAGCGAGUAAUCAGCUCCGUUGGAUUUGGUUCUGCAGUGUAGAUGGAGUCUAGGACUCAGUUGUCUCGGCCCGAAUGAGAGAGGCCUCAUGUCCAAGAUGGAGAAGAAGCGAAGAAAGAAAUGAAACCCUCUCUUCGGGCCAAGCCACGAAAGGCCAUGGGACUUCACUUUUAUUUACAUUGGACAAGACUGUAAGACGGUUAAUCAGUAAUGUUGCAACUCUUAGCCGAAACAAAAAUUCACUUCUAACCAAGGAAGACAAAAGUGUGAUUUGAAUUUAUGUGAUUUUUAUGACCACAUUCACCUAUGACCAUGAAGCUUGUCAACAUCUGGCUGCUUCUGCUAGUGGUUUUGCUCUGUGGGAAGAAACAUCUGGGUGACAGACUGGAAAAGAAAUCUUUUGACAAGGCCCCGUGCCCUGGCUGUUCCCACCUGACUGUGAAGGUGGAAUUCUCCUCAGCGGUUGUGGAAUAUGAAUAUAUCGUGGCUUUCAAUGGAUAUUUCACAGCCAAAGCUAGAAAUUCAUUUAUUUCAAGCGCUCUGAAGAGCAGCGAAGUAGACAACUGGAGAAUCAUACCUCGGAACAAUCCAUCCAGUGACUACCCUAGUGACUUUGAGGUGAUUCAGAUAAAAGAAAAACAGAAAGCAGGGCUGCUAACACUUGAAGAUCAUCCAAACAUUAAACGGGUAACACCCCAACGGAAAGUCUUUCGCUCCCUGAAGUUUGCUGAGUCUGAUGCGCUCAUACCCUGCAAUGAAACCCAGUGGAGCCAGAAAUGGCAGUCGUCACGCCCCCUGCGAAGAGCCAGUCUGUCCCUGGGCUCUGGCUUCUGGCACGCCACAGGACGGCAUUCGAGUAGACGGCUGCUGAGAGCCAUUCCACGCCAGGUUGCCCAGACGCUGCAGGCGGAUGUGCUGUGGCAGAUGGGAUACACAGGUGCUAAUGUCAGAGUUGCUGUGUUUGAUACCGGGCUGAGUGAGAGGCAUCCCCACUUCAAGAAUGUGAAAGAGAGAACCAACUGGACCAAUGAGCGGACCCUGGAUGAUGGGCUGGGUCAUGGCACGUUCGUGGCAGGCGUGAUUGCCAGUAUGAGGGAAUGCCAAGGAUUUGCUCCAGAUGCAGAACUUCAUAUUUUCAGGGUCUUUACCAAUAAUCAGGUAUCUUACACAUCGUGGUUUUUGGAUGCCUUCAACUAUGCCAUCUUAAAAAAGAUCGAUGUGCUGAACCUGAGCAUCGGUGGUCCCGACUUCAUGGAUCAUCCCUUUGUUGACAAGGUGUGGGAAUUAACAGCUAACAACGUAAUCAUGGUCUCUGCUAUUGGCAACGACGGGCCUCUUUACGGCACUCUGAAUAACCCUGCUGAUCAGAUGGAUGUGAUUGGAGUGGGUGGCAUUGACUUUGAAGAUAACAUCGCCCGCUUUUCCUCCAGGGGAAUGACCACCUGGGAGCUACCAGGAGGCUACGGUCGUGUGAAACCUGACAUUGUGACCUACGGUGCUGGAGUGCGGGGUUCCGGUGUGAAAGGGGGCUGCCGGGCCCUCUCGGGGACCAGUGUCGCCUCCCCGGUGAUUGCAGGGGCCGUCACCUUAUUGGUGAGCACAGUCCCGAAGCGUGAGCUGGUGAACCCUGCUAGCAUGAAGCAGGCCCUGAUCGCGUCCGCCCGGAGGCUGCCUGGUGUCAACAUGUUCGAGCAAGGCCAUGGCAAGCUAGAUCUGCUCAGAGCCUACCAGAUCCUCAGCAGCUACAAGCCCCAGGCCAGUCUGAGCCCCAGCUACAUCGACCUGACCGAGUGUCCGUACAUGUGGCCCUACUGCUCCCAGCCCAUCUACUAUGGAGGAAUGCCAACAAUCGUCAAUGUCACCAUCCUCAACGGCAUGGGAGUUACAGGACGAAUUGUAGAUAAGCCUGACUGGCAGCCCUAUCUGCCACAGAAUGGAGACAACAUUGAAGUCGCUUUCUCUUACUCCUCGGUGUUAUGGCCUUGGUCAGGCUACCUGGCCAUCUCCAUUUCUGUGACCAAGAAGGCAGCUUCCUGGGAGGGCAUUGCCCAGGGCCAUGUCAUGAUCACGGUGGCUUCCCCAGCGGAGAUGGAAUCAAAAAAUGGUGCAGAACAGACGUCAACAGUAAAGCUUCCAGUUAAGGUGAAAAUAAUUCCUACCCCGCCUCGGAGCAAGAGGGUCCUCUGGGAUCAGUACCACAACCUCCGCUACCCUCCUGGCUACUUCCCCAGGGACAACUUAAGGAUGAAGAACGACCCUCUGGACUGGAAUGGUGACCAUAUCCAUACAAACUUCAGGGACAUGUACCAGCAUCUGAGAAGCAUGGGCUACUUUGUGGAGGUCCUCGGCUCUCCCUUCACUUGCUUUGAUGCCACGCAGUACGGAACCUUGCUAAUGGUGGACAGCGAGGAGGAGUACUUCCCUGAGGAGAUCGCCAAGUUGAGGAGGGACGUGGACAAUGGCCUUUCUCUUGUCAUCUUUAGUGACUGGUACAACACUUCCGUUAUGAGAAAAGUGAAGUUUUAUGAUGAAAACACAAGGCAGUGGUGGAUGCCAGAUACUGGAGGAGCCAACGUCCCAGCUCUGAACGAGCUGCUGUCUGUGUGGAACAUGGGGUUCAGUGAUGGGCUGUAUGAAGGGGAGUUUGCCCUGGCGAACCACGACAUGUACUAUGCAUCAGGAUGCAGCAUCGCUAAAUUUCCAGAAGAUGGCAUUGUGAUAACACAGACUUUCAAGGACCAAGGAUUGGAGGUGUUAAAGCAGGAGACAGCGGUUGUUGAAAAUGUCCCCAUUUUGGGCCUUUAUCAGAUUCCAGCUGAGGGUGGAGGCCGGAUUGUGCUGUAUGGAGACUCCAAUUGCUUGGAUGACAGUCACCGACAGAAAGACUGCUUUUGGCUUCUGGACGCGCUCCUUCAGUACACCUCGUACGGGGUCACCCCACCUAGCCUCAGCCACUCGGGGAACCGGCACCGCCCUCCCAGCGGAGUGGGCUUGGCUGCCCCUGAGAGGAUGGAAGGGAACCAUCUGCAUCGGUACUCCAAGGUUCUUGAGGCCCACUUGGGAGCCCCGAAGCCGCGGCCUCUGCCCGCCUGUCCGCACCUGUCUUGGGCCAAGCCACAGCCUUUGAAUGAGACGGCGCCCAGUAAUCUUUGGAAACAUCAAAAGUUGCUCUCCAUCGACCUGGACAAAGUGGUGUUACCCAACUUUCGAUCCAAUCGCCCUCAAGUGAGACCCUUAUCCCCUGGAGAAAGUAGCGCCUGGGACAUUCCUGGAGGGAUCAUGCCUGGCCGCUACAACCAGGAAGUGGGCCAGACCAUCCCUGUCUUCGCCUUUCUGGGAGCCAUGGUGGUCCUGGCCUUCUUCGUGGUACAAAUCAACAAGGCUAAGAGCAGGCCAAAGCGGAGGAAGCCCAGGGUGAAGCGCCCACAGCUCAUGCAGCAGGCUCACCUGCCCAAGACCCCGUCCGUGUGACUCGCGCCGUGGCCUUCGAGGAUGACUGUGGUGGGCAAGCAGAGCCCUCGAGGGUUUCCCAGGAGAACCCCGUCUUCAGCUGUGACUCCGGCUGUCGGUUCUGCAGCGGCCUCCGCCUGUGACGUGCCCAGGCCCGAAGUACAUCUUGAAAUCCGUCGUGGCCGGGGACCCAGCGAGGGGUACUCGGGCUCAGCCCAGAGCAGUGUCAUGCAGCAGCUGAGUGCACCAAAGACUCGGAGAACUUAGAAGGCUGUUGGCCUCUGCCCAGCGAGGGAGGAACUUUUAAAUAAAUGAAACAACCUUGACCAAGUUAAGAUAUGCUUGUUAAAGGCUAUUUUCUAUAUUUAUUGUUGGGAGAAGUCACUUUAAAGACUUAUGCUAUUCGGAAGCAAAGCUAUUUUUUUUUGUCAAUGGAAUGCAGUUUUGUACUAUUCCACCAUGAAAAGUCACAGAUCCGUCGUCUCCUUUGUGAUGAGAGGGCAGACUGAGAUCUGAAGAAACUUGCACAAAUCUGUGAAACAUAGACCUUCGCUUUAUUUUUAUAAGUACCAACUGCCACUGUGUUUUGUAAUUUGGGGUCUUGGUUUCACCAUGGGUGGUGAAGAAAAUUUUCAAUAAAUAUGCAUUACCUUAUGAAGCUGGAAA